GGAUCAAAAACCCCAAGGACAACUGCAAGAGAGUCCCUAACCCUGACCAAAAGGACACCGACGGGGACGGGGUGGGAGACGCCUGUGACAGCUGCCCNNNNCUCAGCAACCCAGACCAGAAAGACACCGACCAUGAUCUAGUGGGAGAUGUCUGUGACACCAACCAGGACAGCGACGGGGAUGGGCACCAAGAUUCACGGGAUAACUGCCCAACAGUGCCCAACAGCUCCCAGCUGGACACAGACAAUGAUGGGAUGGGAGAUGAAUGUGAUGAUGAUGAUGAUGAUGAUGGGAUCCCCGAUGAGAAACCUCCAGGCCCUGACAACUGUCGGCUCGUCCCUAACCCAGGCCAAGAAGACUCAGAUGGUGACGGCGUGGGGAACCUCUGUGAGGAUGACUUUGACAGAGACAUGGUGAUUGACAGAAUUGAUGUGUGCCCAGAGAACGCAGAGGUGACGCUGACAGACUUCAGAGCUUUCCAGACCGUUGUGCUGGACCCUGAGGGUGAUGCACAGAUUGACCCCAACUGGAUUGUCCUCAACCAGGGCAUGGAAAUCGUGCAGACCAUGAACAGUGACCCUGGCCUGGCUGUAGGCUACACAGCAUUCAAUGGAGUGGACUUUGAGGGCACGUUCCACGUCAACACCGCCACGGACGACGACUACGCUGGCUUCAUCUUUGGCUACCAGGACAGUUCCAGCUUUUACGUGGUCAUGUGGAAGCAGAUGGAACAAACCUACUGGCAGGCAACCCCCUUCCGAGCCGUGGCAGAACCUGGAAUUCAACUGAAGGCAGUGAAGUCCAAGACAGGCCCGGGUGAGUAUCUCCGCAACUCCCUCUGGCACACGGGGGACACCACAGACCAGGUCAAACUGCUGUGGAAGGACCCUCGGAAUUCUGGCUGGAAGGACAAGACGUCCUAUCGCUGGUUCCUGCAGCAUCGGCCCCAGGUCGGCUACAUCAGAGCUCGUUUCUAUGAAGGCCCUGAAGUGGUAGCAGACACUGGAGUCGUCCUCGACACCACCAUGCGUGGAGGGCGCCUGGGAGUCUUCUGCUUCUCCCAGGAGAACAUCAUUUGGUCCAACCUCCGCUACCGCUGCAACGACACCAUUCCAGAAGACUACGAAACAUUUAGAGUCCAGCAAGACUAA